CGCUAAGCUCUUGGGCAGCCACACCCACGUGGGGCGUCAGCCACAAGUUGACAUUCCCCCUCUCCAGCCUCCCAUCCCCAACAUCACAGGAGCGUUGACAUUCCAAACUCUUACUACUCUUGCUAGUACGGUACAUCAUAGUCUUUACUUUACAAACCAAAAGAAAUCUUGAACCAAGCCCUCCAUGGCCGAAACCUUCCCCAUAUUCAACGCCCUCCCCACAGAGCUCCGCUUGCUCAUCUGGGAGCACUCCCUCCAACCCCGAAUCAUACCCCUCCAAUGCCAAAUCCAAUGCUCCCUCAGCAAACCCGGCACCUUCCUCUACCACUCCUUCCUGCACCCUCCCUCCUCCUCCUCCUCCUCCUCCUCCUCCUCCUCCUCCUCCUCCUCCCGCGGCGGGCAAAGCUCUCGCUCCAGCUCCCGCGAACUCCCCCCCUCAAUAGUCGACAUCCGAGUCCACUUCGCGGCAGCGACCCACAUCGAGCAAGCACCCAUCCUGCAAGUCUGCAGAGAGUCAAGACUCUUCGCCAUCCGGCACGGCUACCGGGUCUGGAAACUCCGAGACGAGUUCUGGCAUACGCGCGACGUGAUGUGGCAUGCUGGGCUGGAUGUCGUGUCGCUGGGGACCCCGCACCGGGCUUCGAUACCGAGGUUCUAUGGCGAGUUGUUUAGGAGGCAGUUCCCUGUGGAGGUGAGGCGCGUGAGGGCUGUGGCGGUGCCGGUGGCGAGCUGGAGGGAGAAGCAUCGGGAGGUGGAGGGCGUGGGCGAGUGUUGGGUGGGGUAUGAGGCGUUGAGGAGGUUGGUGGUUGUUAUGGGUGAGGCGGUUAGGAGGAGGGAAAGGGGGAGGGGAGAGGGGAAGAGAGUCGUGGAUCGUGAUACUUGUAAGCUUGUUUGUGGGAUGAGGGUGGCGUUAGAGAGGAUGGCGGAGGGGGAGGGGGAGGGGGAGGGGAAGGAGAUGCGUUGGAAAGUGCCGGGUGUGUUGCUUGUGGGUGGUGAGAGGGAUGUUCUGAGAGCGGAAGAGAUGGAGAUGAGGUUGGAUUGUGAGUCGUGCCAUUUGGAUGGAAGGGAAUGCAGACUGGUUUUCGUUCAUCCUGAUUGUGUAGCAUAGUGACCCUGUACGAGCUCGAAAGAUCAGGUUCCGUUUAAUCUAAUCCUUGGUCAAUCUGCCUUCUUUUCUAUCAAUCUUCUUCUAUGUUGUGUGUACAAUUCCGUGUUUUACUUCUCAACACCAGAAUAUAUCACUUCCCCUAGUCAAACCUCUCAAGCAUGACUCGGCCAAUUCCACAACCUGGUGAUCUCACCCAAUCCCAGACUGGCACAUCAAUCCCAUGGCUACAUCUGCUGUUAGCCAUGUCGGCAUGAACAGCACCAGGACAAGUCUACUUCGUAACUACUCCUUUCCGAGACCUCAUCGCAAAGUAGAAACGCCAACACUGCCACCGCCCCAACAAUUUCCUCCGACUUGCAAUGUUUUCCCGAGCGGUAAUCUUGCUUGAAUCUCGUUUGUACCCCGUUUCGUUCUCCUGAGUUUUUCCCGCCAUCGAUGCCCUCUGCCCUCAUACUCGAAAGACAAACAUUAGCUCUAAUUCCAUCCUUGGAUUGUGGGAUUCUAAAAACUAAGGUGAAAGAGUCAAAUGAAAAGAAUGAUGCUAAGAAUCGAGGAUGAAUUAGGCGAUGAAAACAAACGACUCUAGCUGUCUACUGGUAGUCCCAUUAGUGGCGACGAUUGAUGAUUAGCACUCAAUUGGAUACUCUUAAAGCAACGAACCACU